CGAACAAGAGCCAUCGAAGCACCAAUUCAAGAUGAUCGGAAGUGUGUGUAAUAUGAGUGAAUGAAAAUGUGAAAAUAUAAACGAGGAUUAUACCAGAAUGGAAGUUAGUAAUGCUCAAUACUCAAUAGUCAAUGCCUCCACCUCGUUUGAAUUCUACCAUAAGCAUUCACAAGCUCUAGCAUGCGCAACCUCCCCGUCGAGGAGAGCUUUUUAUUUUCAUUUUUACUACUGACCUUAUCUUAUAAAAAAAAUAUAUCUACCUUGCCGAGCGAAAUAAUACAUAUAUUUUGUUUUACUCUUGCAUGAAAAAACAUACACGUAGAUGUCAUCUACAAACUCAAAUAACAGACAGGUAACAUGGGUUUCUCCAGAAAACAUAGAAUCAUCAAACUGGUCUUUUACAAUUAAAAAUUUCAUAGCUCAAGGGGCACCCAAACAAGCCCUUAAAUUUUACGCCAAUGUUAGAACUAACCAUAGUGUUAUAAUUGGUGUAGUCCCAUUACUUCUCAAAGCUUGCACUUCCCUUUCGAUGGUUUUUUAUGGCAGAGUUAUACAUUCAGAAUCACUGAAGAGUGGGGCAUUAUCUGAUGUAAUGGUGGGGACUUCAUUGAUUAGUAUGUAUGGGAAAUGUGGGUGUAUUUUAGAUGCACGUAAGGUGUUUGAUUGUAUGACUGAGAGAAAUGUUGUGUCGUGGAAUGCUAUGAUUGGUGGGUAUAUGAAGAAUGGUGACGCUGAAUCUGCUUCCGUUUUGUUUAAGGAAAUGCCGGCAAGAACGGAGGUUUCUUGGAUUGAAAUGAUUGAAGGGUAUGCGCGGAAAGGGGAUAUGGUUAGUGCUAGGUACUUGUUUGAUCAGGUUCCGUUAGAGGUUAAGAAUGUGGUGACUUGGACUGUUAUGGUUGAUGGGUAUGCUAGUAAUGGAGACAUGGCGGGUGCUAGGGAAGUAUUCGAGGCAAUGCCAUGGAGGAAUGUUUUCGUUUGGUCGUCUAUGAUUUGUGGGUAUUUCAAGAAGGGUGAUGUGCUGGAGGCUGAGAACGUUUUUAAUUUAAUUCCGGUUAGAAAUCUGGUACAUUGGAAUUCGUUAAUUUCUGGAUAUGCCCAAAAUGGCCAUUGUCGAAAAGCUUUGGAUGCAUUUACGAAGAUGCAAGUAGAUGGAUUCAAGCCGGAUGAAGUUACAUUGGUUAGCAUUUUAUCGGUUUGUGGUCAGUUAGGUUUGUUAGAUAAGGGUAAGGAAGUACAUGAAAUAAUAAGAUGUCAAGGAAUUAAACAUAAUCAAUUUAUUCUGAACGGGUUAGUGGACAUGUAUGCAAAGUGUGGGGAUAUAACUAGUGCAAGAUUACUUUUUGAAAGCAUGGUACACAGAAAUAAUGCAUGUUGGAAUUCGAUGAUAUCAGGUUUGGCAAUUCAUGGACAGUGCAAGGAGGCUAUUGACUUCUUUGGCAGAAUGGAACAAUCUGACGAGAAGCCCAAUAGUAUAAGUUUUCUAUCUGUUUUAUCUGCCUGUGCACAUGGGGGAUAUGUGGAAAAAGGUUUAGAGUUUUUCUCCAAGUUGAGGAAAUAUGAAAUAGCAGCCAGCAUCAAGCACUAUGGUUGUUUGAUAGAUCUUCUGGGUCGGGCGGGAAAACUGAAAGAGGCUUAUGAUUUGAUCAGGGAGAUGCCAAUGAGACCAAAUGAUACAGUUUGGGGUGCUCUGCUAGGAGCAUGCCGUAUUCACUCAGACAUGGACAUGGCAGAUCGUAUUCUGGAAGAGGUUCGCAGUUCAGAUUCUGAUUUAUGCUCAAGUGAUGAUUCACAUUAUGUGCUCUUCUCAAAUAUAUUUGCAGCUUCUGAAAGAUGGGAGAAUGCAGAAAGGAUGAGGAUAGUCAUAUCAAGAAAAGGAAUUCAAAAGACACCUGGAAGCAGUUCAGUUAUGCUCGAGCACCUUUAAGCCACGUUGUUCAGUGAUUGUUUGGACCAACAUAUAGUUGCGAUUCCAUUAAUUUGAAGAAUCUUUUAACAGUAAAGCAUGAAUCAUAAGUGACAUCUUCUCCACCAAAUGUAUGAUCAGCUACUACAUGAGUUUCCCUUGCUAGAGCAUGGGCAACUGCAUUUGCAGACGGUCUUACAAAAACAAUAAUAACAUUGUUCAACUCAGCCAUAAGUAAUUUGCAGGCCUGGAGAUAUCACCAAAGUAUGAAGACAUGGCUAGGGGACUUCUAAUUGCUUUCAAAGCUACAAGACAGUCUGUUUCAACGACCACUUUUCCCCGUGAUUUUUGUUUAAUAAAACUCAAGGCCUCUUUAUACCAGUUGCUUCUGCCUCAUCGGGUGCAAUUCUUCCCAUUCGACAAAAAUUCUUAGCCUCAAUCAGUCCUUCAUACUCAUCACGAGCCACACAGCUGAAACUUGAGACUUGAGAUCUGCGCAAAAUCUGUCCUUGACCUAUAUUGCUUUUGCACCAUCUUACUAAACCUUUUUACUUGAGAUCCACAUUAUUAUGUUGUUCUGUUAACUAUACAUUUGUGCCUAAUACGUUGUGUUCUCGCAACUAACAUCAAUGUGAACCAGCUAUGAAAGACCUGCUAUCUGAAGUUGCUGUAAGACUAUUGCUUUUAGUCAUUACAGGUGGUCCAUUAGCUUUCUGAACCAUUGGCAUGGACUAUUUCCUCUGUUAAAAUUGCCAGCUCCAAACCAGGUCCAUCUCCCCCGCCACUCUCAUAUGCACUUUGGCUGGAAUGGUAAUCUUGCUCAGGUCGACUCCCAGUAUCCUUGCUUCUAUUCUGCCGUAGUUGCUAGAUCAUGUGUUGCAAAACUUGAUAGCUGUGAGGUAAAAUAUUUCUACUAAAGAAAAGCUUUUGUCACUUGGAUACUACUGCGGCUGCAGUACAUGAGAUUUUGGAAGCCACAAAUUAGCAAGUUCAGCAAGCUAGAACCAACCUGUAAUUGCUGCUGAUUAUUCUAAAUGUAAAUGUAUCCAUUGCUAGAUGUAUAGUUUGAUGUUAACAGCUUUUGUGUUUUAUAAUAUGUGUGUGUGUAAUUGUAUUGAGAAUAAGAAAGAUAUUUCUGAUA